GUUGGUGCGGUAAAAGUAAUUUGCUAUUUACAGCACGAAACAUGAGAGACACGAAGAAAUUAAUUUCCAACGGGAAACAAAGAAAACGUCGCUACUUCUCGCGAAACUUAAUUUGCAAAACCAGCGAUCGCCGUCGGCCGAACCCUACCGGCUGCGGAAACAGCCGCCGCCUGCCUCUCGCCGGUUCUUCAAGACAUGAGAUCUUGACAAAAUCAAAAGGAAUGAAGAGUCCAAGCAAAUCUUUCGACGUGUUUGACUUCAAAGAAGAAGACGAGCUGGCUGAAAUGACUGUCAAAAAGAUUACCCCCGAGUUUGGGUGUCCUCAGACUCUUAAUGCUGAAAAUUAUGAUGAGAAGAAGCCUGAACUAAGCCCUGUUCUACCAAAUGAUUUUGUCAGCCUUGGACGAGCUGCAGAAAUUAAAGAAGUUGAAUCUGAAAUAAUCUUUUCUAAUGUGAAAUAUGGUUCAAGCCCUGGUGACACUCUGCGGUCGGAGGACUACUCAAAUAAUUCAUUUGCAGUGGCUUCAUGCAAUGUUAAGUCAGUUCACUUGGCCUCAGAUGCCAUUGACAGCAUGAAUGAAAGAUCGCCCUCUGAUAUUUCAAAUAAUAAUGCUUCUUCUGGUGGACAAUCAUCUGAUAACUGUUUCGGUGGUGGGGAUUUGGAUGGUGAGAGGGAGGGAAUUGAUUUCUGUGCUGAUUAUCUGGAUUACCAAGGUACACAAUAUAUGGAUUAUGUGAUAAACUUCUCUAGAAGUUAUGUUGAAGCUAGAAGCAGAACUAUCCAUGAAGAUGAAGAAAAUUUUCAUAUUCAUAUGGAAAUUGAAGAUAUUGUCAAAAUAGAGUCUCAGUGGAGUGCUCAGAUUGAGGCUGGUAUAAUCAAUAUAUAUUUCAUAGCAAAAGAUGCAGAACAAGUCGAAUUUGAUGCUAUCCACAACACUUCAGCUGCAUCAAGAGUCCAAGAGUUGAAAUUUCCAGCUGUUGAUCCUGACUGGUACGAGAAAUGUGAAGCAAUUGGAUCUCUGGAUGACAGAUAUAAGGCACUUUGGAAUGUCCUACUUGACACUGCGGUGGAUUCUUCUUUCAGCGAAAGGGAAGAUGGGAUGCUCACGAAAAGCUACUUCCCCAAAUUCGAUAGGCCAUUUGAAGAAGUGAUUUAUCCAAAAGGUGAUCCUGAUGCUGUUUCCAUAAGUAAGAGAGAUGUAGAUCUCCUACUACCAGAUACAUUUGUUAAUGAUACAAUCAUAGACUUCUACAUCAAAUAUUUGAAAAGUAGACAGAAUGUGGAUGAGAGGACUAAGUUCCAUUUCUUCAAUAGUUUCUUCUUUCGAAAGCUGGCCGACAUGGACAAAGAUCCAUCCAGUGCUUUUGAUGGCAAGGCAGCUUUCCAGCGUGUUCGUAAAUGGACAAGAAAAAUAAAUUUACUUGAAAAGGAUUUCAUUUUGAUUCCCGUCAACUACAAUCUCCAUUGGAGUCUUAUUGUAAUUUGUUUCUUUGGCGAAGUUGCGAGCUAUAAAGAUGGAGAUGACGAGUCGGGAAGAGUGCCUUGUAUAUUGCAUAUGGAUUCUUUGAGAGGAACUCAUUCUGGCCUUAAAGAUCUUUUGCAAAGUUAUUUAUGGGAGGAGUGGAAAGAAAGGCAAAGAGGAACGUGUGAAGAUCUUUAUUCCAAAUUCAGAAACUUAAAGUUUGUACCCCUUGAGGUACCGCAGCAACAAAAUUCAUAUGAUUGUGGCCUUUUCUUGCUUCACUAUGUAGAGCUCUUUCUGGAGGAAGUUUCCUCUAACUUCAAUAUCUACAAGAUUACAUCAUCUUCUAAGUUUCUCCAGGAAGAUUGGUUUCCUCCUGCUGAACCUUCCAUCAAAAGAACUCAUAUUGAAUUAUUAAUUAGUGGUUUGCUUAACUCCAAAUCUGAAGAAUGUCUUCCAUCUGGUGGGAGUGGCAUGCAUUCCCCUGAAGAUUUGAACACCACUCAUGGCUUUGACGAUGACAUUCAGUUUACGGUUAAAUCUGGUCCUCCUUUGGGUGGCUUCCAUGAGAGCUCACUAUGUGAGGUUGGGAAGGGAAUUGAGAUGACUUUACUACCUACUUCAUCUGCAAGCACCCAAUGUACCAAAACUUCAGGAUUGGUUUUAAAGGAGUUGUUAUCUGCUCCAGAAUCUUUUACUGAUGCACCUUGGGGAGCUUUAGAAAGCAGACAAUCUCCUUUUGAGCUUAAAAGCCCUGCUUCUCUCACAGAGAGAGAGGUGAAAGCUAGUGAGUGUUUUGUGACAACAGAGUUAGCCAAACAAGUCUUCCAGCAUCCAGAUGGUGUCACCCCAGAAGAAGCACCUACCUUUCCCUACCAAUCCGAAGAUUAUAGACCAGAGGCGGUUUACCAACCUACACCAGAUGAUGCCGACUCAACUCCAGUGACAUCAAAUCGUGACUCUGGAGCACUGCAUAAUGCCGAGGGAUCCGACGGUCUUGUCGACAUCACAGCGCCAAACAAUGACUCCUUUUUCUUGAAGAAUUUCUCAGAGCUCGCCCAAGAAGCAAACCAGUUGCACAAUCACGCCUGCACAGAUGAUGCAGAGGUUGCUUGUACUGGAUUAGCAUCCGGUGACAAGUUGAAUAUUGUGGAGUGUGAGAGCCCGCAUCAGAUUCCUGACUCCAUCGGUCAGGUCGAUUCUUCCGUGUUGCCCUCAAACUCUUCUCCCGGGUCAGGCGAGCGGGUUAAUGGUGGCGUCGGGCAAGAAUGGGUAUCAGAAUCGGUGGAAGAGCAGCAUGCUGCAAAAAGGAUGCGAAUAAGCCCCACAGAUGAUGGGGAAGAGCUUGAUAAUUUGUCGAAAGACCUCAAGUUGUGAAGCAUAGUGGUAAACUCAAAUAUUUUUUGGCUUCUACUAGUUUUUUAUGCCAUAGUCAUGAAUGCUUAGGGCUGAUUUGAAAGCUUUUUGUGGCGGUCGUUUUGUAUGAAAUGUGUAGAUUAUUAAGUGAGAAAGUUGGAUUGUGUUCAA